AUGGAUCCGUACAGUUUGAAAAGGGACAAUAGAAAAAAGUUUCAAGACAAGCAGCGACUGAAGCACCGUCAUGCUACCCCCAGUGACAGAAAAUAUAGAGCAUUAAACCGACAAGAGAAAGAAGGUGAAAACAGUCAGAGUAAUGAAGAUAAGGACGAAGAGGAGGUCGAGCUGGAAAUCCCCUCGAAUGAAGCAAGAUACCACGAGGACAUAACUAUGGCAUUUGGUGAUGCAGGAGAGGAAGAGAGGAAUAGCAUCGCCAGUAAAAGGUUGAGAGACAUCCUCAAGGAAAAGGCGGAACAAGAAAAGUUUCAAGACAAUUUGCCGCAAAACGAGUCCUCUCAAGCACGUAUCACAACAAAAGGUUUACAAACUAUGGACAUAGCAGAUCUAAAUCAACUUCUGGGAACUAAAAACAAUACCAAUCUUACUCCUGCUCCUCGUGCUGCGCAGCGCAAUCACCAACUCGCCACUUUAGAUAAACAGCAAUCCGUCGAAAGCCGUGACAAUCGCAAAAACAAAGAAUCGGCAACUUCCAAUGUUCCUAAGGAUCUGAUAGCAGCUCAAGAUUUUCUCGAUGAUCUCAUAUAG